UGUAGUUAUAAAUAUUAUCUUUCUAUUUUUAUUUUUAAGGGUAAUAUUAGCAUUGUCAGUGUUGUAUUAUUAUUAUAUUUUCCAAUUUUUGGAUAAUUUCAGAAAAUUUCAAUGGAAGGAUUCUACGUUUGUUUAGCACAUCAAAUAUAAUUAAAUUGAUUCCAAUAAAGCUUUGAAAAUGGUAAACUAGGAGCUAAAUAAUGAAUAAAUAUGGGAAUUGGAUGAGAUUUGUUUUUAUAUUAUUUCUUUACUGGAUAAACCUAAUUCCACAGUGUGUGAGUAUACAAAUAAAUGAAAUCAGUCACAAUAUUAUUCCCCUUACUAAGUUAAGGAGUUUUGCAUUUGUUAAUUCUCCCUAUCCAGUUUCAAACUAUCCAAAAUUUCACCCUAAUAAUCUUUUAACAGAAUGUAAAUUAUUAGCAAAGGACAAAUCACUUACACAUUUGGAUUCACAACCAACUCAAUUACCAGCUGAAUCUAAAAAAACACCUUUGGUUUCAAAUGUAAAAACUUUACUAACUACCAAAUCAUCAGAUUUAACUUCUUAUGUCACAAAAUUUGUCAAAAAUGUUAAAAAAUCAAAUGUAUACAAAUAUUUAACUGACACCGUUGAUAAGGCCAAGAAACGGUUAUCAAAUUUGUCUACUUUUGACCAGUUUUGUCUUUUGUUUCUUGGAAGUGCCUUACACACCUUUGUGUUGAGCAGAUUUCGGUUUAUAUUACCUUACCAGUUAUUUCCCAUGGAUUCUGGUCAUGGUAUUGAAAUCUCACUUGACACUCUCAUUUCCAUACCAAUUUUGUACUAUUUGUUAAAGGAUUCUAAGUUUACUGGUAAGUAUUUUCAGUUGCCCGAAAAGUCAGUUUUUAAAAUGUCCAUGGUUGUUUUUUCACUUUUAGGUUCAUUCGUUCUUUCUUCAUUCUUUUCACAGUUAAUUGACGAUAUUUUACUUUUUGUUUCAGCACUUGACUUUCCAGUCAGUUCUGGCAUGCUAAAAUCAAUUUCACUCAUGUCAAGUCACUUGUUUUGGAUUUUUUUAGGGUCUCUAAUAUUGGAUAAGUGCGUGUUUCCCGUGUUUUCCAAGAAUAAUCCUUGGUAUAAGGUGGAUUUGAGUAAAUUAUGGGUUUACCAAGUUCUCAUGGGUUAUUAUUCAUCGUUUCCUGUGUAUAGAUUUGCAGAAAUGGCUUAUCUAUACCUUUUAAAGGUUUUCGAUAUACGAAAUGAGACUAAUUUUACUGAUGAGCAGAUUUCUAAGAUUUGUGCGUCUGAUGAAACUCUUCCAAUUAUGAUAACAUUAUUUGGGCCUUGUGUUACAGCUCCUUGGUGGGAGGAGUUACUAUAUCGCGUUUUCGUGUUUAAACUCUUUAAUUCCUUUCUACCCAGUAUAUAUUCUUCUAUAGCCUCAUCGCUUAUCUUUUCUCUCAAUCAUCUCAGUCCUCAUUCAUUUCUCCAAUUAUUCUCAAUUGGACUUCUCUGGUCACUCAUAGAAAAUAAAAACGAUAACAUCAUCAUUACUUUUUUAAUACACUCAUUAUGGAAUUCUAGAAUCUUCUUCGGUUCUCUCGCUGGAAUUUAAUAAUCCCUAAUUUAUUCAUUAAAAUUUA